GGGAAUUUGACGCUCAUUCUCCCUAAGUUCAGUUCUGGCGUGAUUUAUUCAGUUGCCUUUCUCCCACUUGUUCUCACUCUUCCUUUUUGUUACGGGAUGCUGUGUCUGCUUCUCAGCUUUCAAGACGCCCACAUACAUCAUGACAACCGAUUCGGCAGCAAGAGAAGUCAACUAUCCUUCCGAUUCUGCAGAGAUCCCGAGGCCUCCCUCGCCUUGUGAAGACCGCGCAACGUCGAGGGAAGCCGCGCGACCUACUAUCUCGAAACAGUGGCAAACUGAGAGACCAAAACCGACCGCCAAAACAUCGAUCUCCGACGGCCCAGGUCUGAAGCGCCACGCCACCAACACUUCCAAGCUGAAUGGGGCGAUUUGGAACAGAUUGGACAAUGGCGACGACGAGUCCACAACGACUUCUUCUGAGGACGAGGACGAUACGGGAGCGCCGAAUGAUCGGCAAGGCAGAGCACGUGGAAGACAAGGCAGAGGGAGCAGAGGGUCGUACUCGAGGUUCAAUGUGGGAAACGACGACUUCAAAACGAAGGGCAGGGUCUCGCGGAGGGACGGGAGAUUGAACAUCAGUGUUAAGGAGACCAACAAUCGGGGCUAUUUGGCGAAGGCUUUGGGAGCAACAUUCCUGAAACAUCUGGGUCCAUCUCCUGAUGAAGAUAUGACGGGCGCCACUCCCGUAACAAGUCAAGAAAGUAAGGGCAAGGACUCGCGAGCAUCGUCAGAGGCAAACCUCACUUCUGAUUUACCCCGGCCGAAGCUGAACAUUGUGGUCAUGGUAAUCGGCAGUCGUGGUGAUAUUCAACCCUUCCUGAAGUUAGGAAAGAACUUGAAAGAAUAUGGGCACAAAGUCCGGAUAGCUACUCACCCUGCUUUCAAAGACUUUGUCCAAAAGGAUUCUGGGCUCGAGUUUUUUUCUGUGGGAGGAGACCCAGCGGAACUCAUGGCGUUUAUGGUGAAAAAUCCAGGAAUGAUCCCAACUAUGGAUACUUUGAAGAAGGGUGAGGUUGGUCGCAGAAGGGACCAGAUGGCGGAGAUGUUUGAAGGUUUCUGGCGUGCUUGCAUCAAUGCUACGGAUGAUGAGAAAGACGUCAGCAAUCUGAAGAUGAUGGGCGAGAAGGCGCCUUUUAUUGCAGAUGCAAUCAUCGCCAACCCCCCUUCGUUUGCACAUAUUCAUUGUGCAGAAAGACUCGGUAUUCCGUUGCACCUUAUGUUUACCUUUCCGUACACUCCCACCCAAGCAUUUCCACAUCCUUUGGCAAAUAUCAAGAAGUCAAAUGUCGAUCCAGGUUACGCCAAUUUUAUGAGUUAUCCCCUUGUGGAAAUGAUGACAUGGCAGGGGCUCGGCGACCUGGUCAAUAACUUCAGAGUCAAGACUCUAGGAUUAGAACCUGUAUCCACUCUUUGGGCUCCUGGGCAGCUCUACCGACUGAAAGUUCCAUACACUUACCUCUGGUCUCCCGGCCUGGUACCGAAGCCCAACGAUUGGGGACCCGAGAUUGACAUUGCAGGUUUUGUCUUCCUCGAUCUUGCGUCCUCUUUCGAGCCACCAGAAGAAUUGUCGAGAUUUCUUGACGCAGGAGGGCCUCCCGUUUAUAUAGGCUUCGGCUCGAUUGUGGUCGACGAUCCGGAUAAGUUCACGAAGAUGAUCUUCGAGGCUGUGAAGAAAGCAGGCGUGAGGGCUCUUGUGUCGAAAGGUUGGGGUGGCCUUGGUGAUGACAAUGUUCCGGAAAAUAUCUAUAUGCUUGAGAAUACGCCCCACGAUUGGCUAUUUCCGAAAGUGUCUGCGGUCGUUCACCAUGGAGGCGCAGGGACAACUGCCAUUGGUCUGAAAUGUGGAAAGCCCACAUUCAUUGUCCCCUUCUUCGGUGACCAACAAUUUUGGGGGUCAAUGAUAGGUGAAGCCGGUGCAGGAGCGAAGCCUGUUCCUUAUAAGAGUCUCACAGCAGACAAGCUCGCAGAAGGCAUUCGAACAUUGCUUACAGACGAAGCGCGCCAAGCUGCAGAAAAGAUCGCCCGGGACAUCGAAGCAGAAGGGGACGGUGCGAAGAAUGCGGUGACCUCUUUCCAUCGAAGUCUCGUCCUCCGAGGUCAACAUUCCAUGCGCUGCUCUAUCUUAGAAGAUCGCGUUGCAGUUUGGAGCUUGAAACAUACGAAUCUUCGAUUGAGCGCUCUAGCAGCUGAAUUGCUUGUCGAGAGAAAGAGGAUUACAUGGAAACAGCUGCGACUGAUAAGACACAACCAAUGGAACGACUUUGAAGGACCAGGAGAACCGCUGACAGGUGGCGCAACCGCGGUCAUGGGCACUGUUACCAGUAUUGCCACUGGAAUCGGCAGCGUGCCUUUCAAGAUCGCCAAGACUUCAAAGAGACGUUCAAGGCACGAAGAGAGGAAGCGAAAGAGGUCUGAACAGCAGAGGCUAAGUGAGAGUCGUAGCCCAAUUUCGGCGAACAUCGGAACUCCUGAUGGAAAAGGCGCGGAAGGGAGCGAAACCACCAGUCAGGCCGCUGCAAAUUUCGUGAAGAAGGGAAUCAGAAAUCCGAACGAUGUCGCUGCUGAAGACUCCUCCGGCCACAUCUCAGAUUCGAAGGCGCCAGGAACCGGCUUCGAAAAGGCCACAAUCGGCCCUGACAUGGGAAAACACACGGCCAGCGGAGAACCAUUAUCGCAGAAGCGAGAAGCAGAUACCGAGGCUCAGCAUGAAGAAGAGGAUGACGAGUCGGAAUUGUCUGAUGACCCGGGGGAUAAUGCUAUAGAGGAAAUGGCUCAAGAUGUCGGGGCUGGGGUUGGCAAGACUGCAGAGGCAAUUGCGAGAGCGCCAAUGGAUCUUUCAUUGGCCAUCGCUCAAGGUUUUCACAACGCUCCAAGGCUCUAUGGCGAUUCAACUGUACGACGACCUACUAGAAUAACAGGUAUGAAAUCGGGCCUCAGGGCCGCUGGGGAGGAGUUCGUCCUUGGAAUCUACGAUGGAGUCACAGGACUCGUAGUACAGCCUUACAACGGUGCACGAGACGGCGGUCCUACAGGAUUCGUGAAAGGAGUUGGAAUGGGCCUCACUGGCUUUGUCCUCAAAGAUCUUGCUGCCAUUAUUGGCCCCUUCGGCUACACUUUCAAAGGCAUGCAUAAAGAGCUACUUAGGGGGAGGCAGCCAACAAAGUUUAUUCGCAAAGCGAGGAUUCUCGAAGGUCAGAGAGAUAUUGAAGCCCUCAAUGAUGAAGAGUCGAAAAGAGCAAUCGAGGCAGUCAGCCACGGCUGGUCGGUGGUUCAGCAAGUCUGGGCGAUCAUGGAAGAGAAACGCAGCCAAGGCCUGAGAGGGAGGAUCCACUUCAUGAGAGAGCGCAAAACGUGGAAAGCAAACGGGGCAUUUGAGAACGUUGAGAUGGCCGAGAAGGCUCUAGACGCCAAACGGAAAGGGAAAAGUUUGGACGGGGUCUUUGCUGAGCAGAGAAAGGAGUUGCAGUUGACAGAAAAACCAAGGAAGGGUGUGGUUGACGACAUCGCAGAGGGUAAAAACGUUGAGGAUGUGCAGAAGGUCCAGAUGAAUGGGCGUGCUGGGACGAACGUGAAGGAUAAACCGACGGUCUCUGGGUAAUGCAGCAGUGAGAUCUAGAUGGGCUUGGCGAGAGUUCUGCGCAUAUAUCCCUUAAGGAUAGGUUUGAUUUCAGCGAUGGCGUUCGAGGUGUUUAGCAUACGUCCUCUUCUCUUCAGCAAAGAGUUUGUCUUUCAGCGACGGAAAACAACACAGGUACAUUUACUAGUAAUAGAUAGAGUUAAUGCCUUGGCAUUUAGAACUUGAAAGAGGCUUUAAACAGAAAUCGGAAUAGG